GUAGUGUGGUGAGGUGAUGAUUUGUGCGUCUAUUUUCUGAGUUUGUUAUUUCGAGCGUACAACAAUGGCGUCGCCCAAUAUAAAAGUGAACGUAAAUAAUCUGGAAAAGAUCGAAAGCUUCUUCAAUGAUCCCUCGUACAAGGAGAUCAUCGAGAACAGUGAAUCGUUCAACACGCGCCUCUGCCUCGAGCGGCGCCUCCGGAUGCCAUUCCUCGAUCCGCAGACGGGCGUCGCACAGAACCACUGUGCGCUGUUUAUGCACAGCCGCCACCGCAUUCCCGGCAUGAAGGAUGGCCAGGUGUACAGCUAUCCGGCGGCGCGUUGGCGCAAAUCCCGCCGCCAGUAUCUGCUGCAGAAACCGCAUCCGCCCUUCCCGGCCUACACGCAUCGGCCGUUCGGGCAUCUGCAGCCGGCCCCGCCACCCACGAUCCUGCCCGGAGUCGUCGGUGGCGGUGGUGGAGAUCGUGGAGGUGGUGGCGGAGGCGGCGUCGGUGGUGGUGGUGGUGGUGGUGGCAGCACGUACGAUUCGGAAAACUCCAACCUGGACCAGUCGAGUGCGGUCGAUGCGUCGGAUCUGAAGGAGCACGAGUCGGAGAAGUCGGGCAAGGAUUGGUACUACGACGAGAUGGAAAUGCACGACAUGGAAUCGUUCGAGGACCACGAUCUGCCCGACUCGGACUGUGACUACGAGGAAAGCUUCAGCCAGCGCAAGAAGAAAAGCAAGGGCGCCCGGAGUGGUGGCGGCGGAGGUGGCGGUGGUGGAGGCGGCGGUCGCAGCAAGUCGGGCGGUUCGUCGCUGUCGGACGCGAACAACCGGCGCGGUGGAAGAGGCGGCGGACGGGGCCGUGGCCGCAAAUCGCAAGGUAUUGGGGGCGAGCUGGGUCCUAGCUUCAAGGAUAUGGUGGAAACACCCAAGAAGAACCGUGUUCAAACACUACCCAACCUCACCCCCCAAUCGAACAGCUCAUCCCCACUGACCCUGCCCGGAGCCGGCGGACCUGGAGGAGCAGGAACCGAUGAGCUCCCGGUGCCGGAGCUGGUGCCAGAAGUGAAAAGCGAGACCAGCGGCGAAGCGGCAGACGGCGCGGGACCACCGAAGCAGGGAAAUCGUCCGGGAGCACCGAACCAUACCGUCGGGGGACCGGGAACAAACUCGAUCCCAGCGGGACCCGCAGCCAAUGCAAUGGUGGGCGUAUCGGCGGUAGGCGGUGUACCGACGGCUCCCGGACCGGGCAUCCCCGGUGUGGGUCAUGGUGGACCGACUGGUGCCGGCGCGGUCGAGAAAAGCCGUGCCGUGCCAUCGCCCUACUGUGACUUCUGUCUCGGCGAUGCGCGAGAGAACAAGAAAACAUUCGAACCGGAGGAGCUCGUUUCGUGCUCGGAUUGUGGCCGAUCCGGGCAUCCUUCCUGUCUGCAGUUCACCGCCAACAUGAUCAUCUCCGUGCGGAAAUAUCGGUGGCAGUGCAUCGAGUGCAAGUACUGCACCAUCUGCGGCACGUCGGACAACGACGAUCAGCUGCUGUUCUGUGACGACUGUGACCGCGGGUAUCACAUGUACUGCCUCUCGCCACCGCUUGUCUCCCCGCCGGAGGGCUCGUGGAGCUGCAAGCUGUGCAAGGAAGAGUUCCACAAGCCCAAGUAAUGGGUGGUCGAAGUAUUUUCGGGUGCUCAACUCAUUAGAGCAGUUUUUAUUACGUCGAAACAACCUUAUACGGUUCCUCCGUCAUAGAACACACCUUAAACGCUCGCUACGUAGGGAGUUCGAAGUUUAGAGAGGUAUUAGCAAUGGUAAAGGAGAGGUAUUAAAACCCACAGCACAUAAAGGACAGGACAAUUUAGUAUUAGGCGCGUGAAGAAAAACGCAAGCAAUACGUCUACCGUACUAUGGACGUCGAUCACGAUCACGGUAAAGGUUCGGAUCGAUCGGACGGAUUUUUUAAGAAAACUUUCUCUCUCUCUUUAGAUAUUUAUCUUUCACAACAGUAAACAGUAGAAAUCAUAUAUAAUAGUACGUCCGGUCGGCAACCACACCGGAUUCUAAUGUGCAUUUUACCCCACUCUCUCCGGAAGUGGAACCCUCCGCAUUCUUGCCGAGAUGGUAUUUUUGUUUUACGUGUGUUUUCGUGUGUAACAUUAGAUCUGUUUUUUUGUGUUCCGUUUUUUUUCUCUUCUCUGUUUUGUGUUGAAACCGUACAUGCAUUUCUUUUAGCUUUAUUUUUAAACAUUACACGGAUAAGAACAGUACUUAAGCACUAGAGCAGGGGAGAAAGGGGUUACAGUGCCCACUAAUGUUUUUCUUCAGCUAAAAAGGUAAAUUAACGCCCUUUUUGGGCAGCCAGCGAGGACCUGCCUUUCGUUUGCGAAUUCGUCGCAUUGUAGUGGACGUGGACAGUUUGUAACUUGUUGUGUUACAUGCCAAUCUCUCUUUCUCUCCUUCUUCGUCUCUCUUCCUGUCGCACAAACUCAUUGUCUAUCUCUCUAUGCCAGGAAAUAGGUUUAAACUUGUAUUAGGUACGCCGGUACGCCGCUGCCGUAAGACUUCUUAGGAUAAGAGAUUGUGACAAAGCGACAAAAUCUUAGGCACUAGUAAACGUUACAAAAUCACGCAAUAAUCAAGCUCCACGCGAUAAGUUCGCCCUACUGAUCGUACUACUCUUGCAGCAGCUAAAUAUACAUAUAACUAGAAAGCAUAUAAGUAAACAGUAUCCAACUUUA